AUGCUCUCAAGUACUCUACGUCUCGUCUCUCGUUCAACAUCCGGUCGCCGACAUUUUGGAUCACAGGGUGAUGAAUUCGCCAAACACGCUUCCUUCUUGAAAAGAUUGGGUCUCGAUUUCGAAAAUAAUGGUGUAUAUUACGGAAAAUGGACUGGUAAUGGACCUGUCGUGCAUUCAGUCAAUCCAGCUACCAAUCAGAUAAUUGGAGCUGUGAAAACGGGCACACCAAAGGACUUGAAUGAUGCUUUGAUCGCCAUGGAAAAGAUCAAACCUAUGUGGCGAGCAGUACCAGCUCCCAAACGCGGCGAGAUUGUACGCCAAAUGAGGCAGGAACUGCAUACCCAUCGACUCGAUCUAGGAAAACUUGUGUCGCUAGAAAUGGGCAAGAUACUGCCUGAAGGAGUAGGCGAAGUGCAGGAAUACAUUGACAUUGGAGACUAUGCAUUGGGGCUGAGUCGAUCUAUGAGUGGCAAGGUUAUACCUUCUGAAAGGCCUGGUCACUUCAUGAUGGAGAACUGGAACCCACUAGGCAACGUGGGUGUUAUAUCUGCCUUCAACUUUCCUGUUGCAGUAUAUGGGUGGAAUUCUGCAAUCAGUCUCGUGUGCGGAAACCCUGUCUUAUGGAAAGGAGCCCCAACCACGAAUCUCGUAGCUGUCGCCACUACCAAGAUAUUGGAACGAGUCCUAGAGCAAAAUAAUCUGCCAGGAGCACUAUGUUCCUUGGUAUGUGGCGGUGCUGACGUCGGAGAAGCCAUGGCCAAGGACUCUAGGAUGGAUUUGCUUUCAUUCACUGGCAGCACAGCAGUGGGGAAGCAAGUGGGACUUAUGGUACAGGCUCGUUUUGGGUAUGCCUUGUUGUUUAUGGUCAUAUUUGUUGCUGGCAGAACCCAACAUCUCUUUUUGAUGGAUGAUGCUGAUUUUGAGUUGGCCUUACGAUCAGUCUUGUUUGCUGCUGUUGGAACAGCUGGUCAACGAUGUACAACUUUACGGCGUCUGUUUAUACACGAGAAAAUCCAUGAUCAAUUCAUGGACCGAUUGACGCGUGCUUAUUCGCAAGUCAAGAUUGGCGAUCCAUUACAAGAGGGAACACUCUGUGGACCACUGCAUACUAAGGCUGCUGUAUCUCAAUUCAAGAAGGGAGUUGAACAAAUCAAGGCUCAGGGUGGAAGUAUCGUUCAUGGAGGAACCACAAUAGAUGGUCCAGGAAACUUUGUGACUCCCACUAUAAGCAGCAUUUCACCUGAAUCUGCUAUAGUGCAGCAUGAAAUCUUUGUUCCAAUCCUGCACACCUCUCCAUUCAAGACACUUGAGCAAGCCAUUGGAUGGAAUAAUGGAGUGCGACAAGGAUUGAGUUCCUCAAUCUUCACCAGAGAUUUACAGAAUGUCUUCACAUGGACUGGAGCAGCUGGAAGUGACUGUGGAAUUGUGAAUGUUAACAUUCCAACUAACGGUGCUGAAAUUGGUGGAGCUUUUGGUGGUGAAAAGGAAACCGGUGGUGGACGAGAAUCUGGAUCUGAUUCAUGGAAGCAAUACAUGAGGAGGCAGACAUGCACCAUCAACUACUCUGGACAAUUACCACUAGCUCAGGGCAUCAAAUUUGAAUAG